AUGGAUGGUGAUGGGGAUUGUACCGAUGAACAAAGUGUUGUUAAUGUGGUUCAAGGUGCUGCACUAUCCGUUCUUGUUAUAAUAAUUACAUUCAUAAGGAGAAUGCAAGCUAGACGGGAGACAGUCAGUAGAUAUUUCAACAAGGUUUUACAAGCAAUUAUCUGUUUGCGUGGACGCUACAUGAGACAAGCCAUCAAUGAUACUCCCCAAGAGAUCGUUAACAACCAGCUAUACUAUCCUUAUUUCAAGGAUUGCAUUGGUAUGAUAGAUGGGACUCAUGUUGAUGCAAUGCUUCCGAUUAAUCUUGUUGCACGAUUUCGAGGCCGCAAAGGUGUUACACAGAACGUGCUUGCAGCUUGCACCCCAGACAAAUUGUUCAUAUAUGUCUUAGCAGGCAAAUACUAUCUGUGUGAUGCUGGGUACCCUACCAUGCCAGGUUUCAUAUCUCCAUACCGUGGUGUUCGAUAUCAUUUGAAAGAACAUUCGGGUAAAACACCUAAGAAUAGAAGGGAAUUAUUCAAUUUAAGACAUUCUUCUUUGCGGUCUAAGAUUGAAUCUGCAUUUGGCACAUUGAAGAAUCGUUUUAAGAUUUUGUGUGCUAAGCCGCAUUAUCCAUUUCCUACACAAGUAGAUAUCGUAUUGGCAUGCACGAUACUUCAUAAUUUCAUCGCAACUGUUGACCCAAGCGAUGAACUACUCAGCGAGUCCGAAAUUGAUGAAGAUAUUGAUGGUGAGGUGACAAAUGAGAAUGAUAAUAAUUUAGUUGAUUUUACUCAGACUCAAACUCAAAGAGAACAAACUGAAUCAAGAAAUGAGUGGAAGACCCUUAGAGAUAACAUUGCUUGGGCGAUGUGGGUGGACUAUUGUGAUAAGUAUAAUCAUGGUGUAACUACUGAGACUUAA